CCUCGCUUCCAUGCCACGUGACGUAAUUUUCGAAAAUGUAUAUUGCGCGCGCAAGCUUGGUUUGGUGGAAGGGGAGGCUUUCGCUGUGCGCUACAAACCCAAGGUUAAAAUGGCCGAAAGAAGAGAAGUGCCAAGAUGGGCGCUUAUAGGAGCAGGUUUGUUCGGCUGUCUGCUAGUUAUAUGCGGUAUUGGCAAUGUUGCUUGUGGAGGCAUGUUCCUCGGACAGAAAAAUUCAGCUCAUGCGCCAUUUUCGAGGGGUUUGGGAUUCUGGUCUGGAGUGGUCAUGCUGAUCACUGGCUUCGUGGGAGUGGCUGCGCUCAUAGCGAAAAACAAAAUCGUAUUUGGGCUUUACUUCUCUAUGACUAUUAUUAGCCUCGUGAUCGCUAUAGUCCAGAGCGCUCUUGCUGGAGUGGCGUACACCCUACUUCAACUCGUAACUAAAGGAAAAUGCUGGAUGAGCGAUGGCACGUGUGAAUGUAGAGAUGUCGGCACGAGGGUCACUCUGACUUCAUUUCAGUGCCCUCGGUCGGACCUUGAUUACUCUGCUGUGAACGAGUACCUUAUUGCUAUCAUGGCCAUCUCUAUCAUCGCCACCCUGAUCAGCUUCCUCACAAUGCUCAUGUCGUGUAUCGGCUGCAUGUUCACGUGCCUCACAAGACAGCACUGGAGCACGCGGUCUCAAGGACAUGCCUUUCCACCGACCACUGGCUAUCCCAGUACUCAGCCUGGCGCCUAUCCAAUGACGCAAUCUGAAUACCCCACCCAGGUCCAGUACCCAACCCCAGUCUUUCCUGCAAGUGAUGGUCAGAACUGAUUAAAGCCUCCUCCGCUAUAGCUGAUAUAGGCAAACCCCUAGAGUUGAAAUAACAAAGAACCGGCGCGCUGUACAUCAGUUAAUUACUGUGAAUUAUUUUGUAAUAAUUUCUAUCAGUUUUAUUGGUACGGAAGGCACAACAAGGGGAGGUUCAAAAUAUAAGAUUUACAAGGUCUGCUAGCAGUGAUAGUAAAAUGAUGUUUUGGUUGAUUAAAAUUUAGCGUUUGAUGAUAUUCAUAAGAAUGAUGACGAUAAUGAUGCUUCCCCAGAACAGAACUUGAACACUUAAAUCCAGUAGAAAUAAGCUUCGGAAAUUGGAGCUUGUAACAAAAUAAGUAAUCAUUGAUGAUUAAUGUUCUCACUAACGGGAGUCUCCUAUAACUCGUCGCAAGAAAAGCACCGAAUUUGUCAAUAAAGAUUUUAAACUUACC